AUGCCUCCUACGCGGUCGAAUCUCUACACUCCCACGCUCCAUGGUCCACCUCAGCAGUUCGCACCACAACAACAGGGCGGGCAUCCGAUGGGUGCUGGCGGGGGUGGGGGUGGCCAUGUAGGUCAUAAUCCGUUGCUGGGUGGGGAUAGGUUGGUCCCUGCUUUCUCUCGCUCUUUCAUUCGGUUGUUCCGGAGGAGGAAUUCAUCACUAUUAUUCACCCGGCCUUAAGUGUCUCUCUUGUGUUCUACAGCGAUGAGAGCGAAGAUCACCGCAAUAUCUGACUGUUCUAUCUUCACCAGGUUUGGUCAGCCUCCGCAUCUCUUAUUCAAUAGCGCCCAGCAACAAACUGCCGCCGCCGUUGUAAGAGCUCAACAACAGCAGCAGCAACAGCACCAGCAGCAGCAGGCUCAGGCUGCGCAUAUACAGCAGCAGCAGCAGACUAUCAUCGGACUUAUUGGACGCAGUAGCGGAGGGGUGAGCGCUGCAGGAUUGGGUGGCGUGGGAGGGAGAGCGGGGGUUGGUGUUGGACCUAGCGGUGGAAUGGCCAUUGAUGUGAGGGGUCCAGUGACUACACCGCCGGAGCGUUCCAUGAUCAGGGAUGUCUGGGCUCAGGAUUUGGAUAAGGAGAUGGCUGUGCUGCGGGAUUUGGUCGAGACAUACCAGUAUGUUGCUAUGGUUGGUUAUAGCCUUGCCUUUUCUUGGGAACCUUAGGCGAUGGGGGAGGUGCUUGCUGACGGGGAGGUUAGGAUACUGAAUUCCCCGGAAUUGUUGCACGUCCUAUUGGAAACUUUAAAUCGAAGGCCGAUUACCAUUACCAGACCCUCCGUUGCAACGUAGACAUGCUAAAGAUUAUCCAACUGGGCAUCACCCUGGCCGAUGAGAAUGGGAACCUUGCUAAGAUCGACGGAUCAGUUUGCACCUGGCAAUUCAACUUCAAGUUCUCCCUUAAUGACGACAUGUAUGCACAGGAAUCUAUCGACCUUCUAACUAAAUCUGGUAUCGACUUUUCCAAACACGCGGAGCACGGAAUUGACGUGUAUCAAUUCGGCAAUCUCCUUAUUAGCUCCGGGUUAGUCAUGUACGACGAUGUCAAGUGGAUCUCUUUCCAUUCCGGUUACGAUUUUGGCUACCUUGUUAAGAUCAUGAGUUGCCUCCCUCUCCCUAAGGAGGAGAGUGAAUUUCGUAACCUUCUGAGCAAGUACUUCCCAGCGCUAUACGACAUCAAAUUUCUUAUGAAGAGUUGCCGCACUCUCAAAGGUGGGUUGCAAGACAUUGCGGAAGAGAUGGGUGUUUCGCGGGUCGGACCGCAGCACCAGGCCGGCAGUGACAGCCUUUUAACUGGGAAUAUCUUUUUUGAGAUGCGGGAAAAGUUUUUUGAGGGGAAAAUUGAUGAUGCCAAGUACCUGUAUGUUAUAUGAUCUGUAUGCUUGUAUGGGUCAGUACCGUACAUUGACAUUCACCCGCAGUGGACAGGUGUGGGGUCUUAAUGGGGCGGGCAUUUCUCCACCAAAUAUCAACGGGGUCGGGACCGUAGUUUACAACAAUGGCGUUCCCGUGCCAUCGACCCCUACAACCGACCGAAAUGGCCAGAGCACGGGCACCCCAGGCGAUACCACCCCUAGCCAGCAGCAACAGCAGCAAAACGGCCAACCAGGAACCCCCAGCCAGUACAAUUUGCAGUACGGGAAAAUGGGGGGAAUGUGAUUUUCGUUACCAAUUGAAAGAAUGAGCUAGGAAACCGAAAAUCGAGAAGGCGCGAACUAAGGGGCUGGUGAAGGCUGUGGAUUUUUUUUCCUUUUUUUCCUUUCCUUUUUCUGAAAAAUUACGGUCUCAAGGGCUCGGUUUGCUUGGUGUGCUUGGCUGGCUGGUUGAAAGUUUUUUCUCGUCUCCCUGUAAAUCGGUGUUAUGUUUUCCCCCAAGUCCUUUGAAGUUACAUACAGUGUUGUUUUGUUUCACAUGUUGCUGUUGAAUCUUGCCCUUUCUUUUCUUCCUUCUUUUCCUUUCUCUCUAAUUGGUAGCGAUAGUGUGCUGGGUGUGGUGGUGUACUAUAAUUAUCAGGGUUCUAAAAUAUGGGAUUUAUUCUGGAUCCUCUAUCGUUGU